AUGUUUGACAUAAUAUUGCAUUUAUUUUAAUUAAAAUGGCAGAAAGAAAACAACAAGAGCGAGAUAACAUACAAGUUUCAAUAAGAAUAAAGUACAUUAAAAAGACAUGUAACUAGACCCAUGUUUGAUGAAGGAAAGACGUGCAUUCGAAUUGACCCAAACCUGUAGAAUACCAUCGUCAUAGAAGGAUAGAAUCAGUAAGAGUAGAAAUUCUUCUCUUUUGAUAAUGUUGCUGGACCAGAUACCACAUAGGAAGAUAUCUUUUCGAUGAUUGGAGAACAAUAAGCCAGCAAUUGUUUAGAAGGCUACAACGGAUGUGUAUUUGUAUAUGGUUAGACAGGGUCAGGUAAAACAUACACUAUGACUGGGACAUCGCUGUAGCCAGGACUACUACCACGUAUAAUAGAUUAUCUCUUUCGAUGCGUCUUUGAUGACUAAGAAAAAGAUCCUUCGGUCGAAUACUUAAUCAAGUGCUCACAUCUCGAAAUUUAUAAUGAACACAUUAUCGAUCUUCUUAAUCCUGAUUUGGGUAACUUGCAACUGCGAGAAGAUCUAAACAAAGGAGUAUACGUUGAAUUUCUGACUGAAGAAUGUUGUUCCAAUGUUGUGGAAGCCAUGGAAGUGGUUCAACGUGGCAAUGAAAAUAGACAUAUCUCAUCAACCUAAAUGAAUUUCGAAUCUUCCCGUUCGCAUAGUGUUUUCACUAUCUAAUUGGAAUCCAGAAGACAAAGUCAUUAACUUAUCAAUCACAGAUUUUCUAGAUUCCAUUUUGUGGAUCUGGCUGGUAGUGAACGAUAGAAGCAUACCUAAGUUUAAGGUGAAAGACUUCGAGAAGGUUGCUAAAUUAAUAGGAGUCUCCACAUUCUCGGCAACGUUAUCAAUUCCUUAGUGGAAGACAAAGAAUAAAAUAGAUAUGUUCAUUAUCGUGACUCAAAACUCACGUUCUUACUCAAAGACUCUCUUGGAGGUAAUUCCAGAACUCAUCUCAUUGCAAAUAUACAAUAAUCCAAUUUAUUUUAUUAGGAAACACUCUCUACACUCCUAUUUUCUAAAAGAGUCAAAUAAGUCAAAAAUAAGGCUAGAGUUAAUGAAGAUGAAAGUGGAUCCUUGGAAAGUCUCAAAAAUGAAAUCAAAAGAUUAAAAUAAGAAUUAGCCAAAUGGAUUGUAGGUCUCUAAACUACAUCCAAAUCAGCAGAAUCUCCGACCAAAUAAAAUUUAGCCAUGCAUAAUAUCAAUUUUUAAGAUAUUAAUGCUAAUGAUUAAAGAUACAUUAAACUCGAGGAAAUACUCAAAGUAUAUCUUGAACAAUCUACUGAGAGUGAGACUGCCCUGCAUUUAGAAAUAGAAAAGUACUUAAGCGGAAUUAAAGAAUUAAGGGAAGCUUUUUAAUUAAGUUCUCAAUUGGAAUAACAAUUAAAAUUGAUCAUUAGAUUAUAAAAUGAAUAAAUCGUUAGAUUGAAACAUGCCAAUGGAGCUGAAGAUUUAUCAAACGAUUAUCAAGAAGAACUCUCCAAAGCUCUUUUGAGUCAGGCUGCAGUGAUGAAAAAGUUCUCUGACAGUCUGAGAAUCAAAGAGGGAUCUGCCAAAAAUGUAGAAAAAGCUAAAUUGUAAAUUACUGAAAACGUGUAAUUGCUCAAUACUAUUGUAUCAACUGUUAAUGGAUCAUUAGAUGAAAGAAAGAAAUUACAAAAUUAAAUUCAAGUAUAACUCUCUUAAAUUUAUGUACCAGUAGAAGAAUUUACUUAAUUGAAAAGUGAACAAGAAGUACUUAAUGAACGAUUAGCUAAAUAAGUUGAAAAAGAAGAAAAAAUUAAAUAAUCUCUUGAUAAAAUAGGCAUUACAAUAGAUGUUGAAGAUGAAAUUAAAGUCAUUGAUCACAAAUAAAGAGAUUUAACUUUAGAUUAAUAAAAUGAAUAAUUGGAAUUGAAGAGCAGAGCUGUUGAAUAAUUAAAUUAAUAAUUAAUAUAAAAAGGAUAAGAGAUCCAAUAAAUUAUAGAAUAAAAUGAGAAAUGUAUUUAAGAAGCUCAUUAAUUAAAUGAAUAAAUACAAGAUAGCAAAUAAGAAGUUCAAUAAUUGAAUUAAUAACUUCAAUCCUAAUAAAUCUAAUUAGAGCAGGCAAAGUAAUAAUCAGACUCAUUGAGUAAUACUGUCAAUUAAUACUAAGCUGAGAAUGAGAGAUUAAAGUAAUAAAUAAUUCUUUUGUAAAAUGAAAAAGAAACUUAAUAAAUACAAAGUAAUCAAAAUUUAGAAGAAUUAAAUAAUUCAUUAUCAGAAUAAAAGUAAUAAAAUGAAGCACUACUCAUUUAAUUACAAAAGUCAAUGCAAGAGUAAAACAAUUUAAUAAAUUAAAUUCAUUCUAGUUUAACUGAAAAUAGUGAACUCAAAGAAUAAACCCUUUUAUUGACCAGAGAAAAAUAAGACAUAGAAUUAGAAAAUAAAAAGUAAAUUGAUGAUCUAUUGAAUUAAAUAUAAUCAUUAAUUAAAUAAUAAGAGUAAUAGGAGCAAUAGUAUUAAAAGGAAAUUCAAAGUUUCACUAAUCAAUCUAAAAUAGAAUAAAUUAAUGUUUAAAAAGAUUACGAGAGUUAAUUAUAAACUGCUGUAAAUUAGCAUCAAGUUGAGAUUUAACAAUUGAAGAAUGAGAAUAAAAGAUAGCUAGAUUAAUUUGUUAAUCAAUAAGAGAUAGAGAUAUAAACUUAGAUUAAUCAAUUAUAAAACUAGAUUUCAUAAUUGAACACACAAUUAAGUUAAACAAAAUUGUUGCUAGAAAAUAGAAAUAAAGAAUAUGAGCUUCUUAAAGAAAACCAAGAUAAACUGGAAUAUGAGAUAGAUUAGCAAAGAAAUGAAUAUGAAUAUUAACUUGAAGAUAAAUAGGCUUCAUUUUAAGAACUUGAAGAAUAAUAAAAGAGAGCAUUGGAGUAGAAGGAAAAGUAAUUAGAAUAAUAAAAGAAUGAUUAUGAGAGAAGAAUUCAAUAGAAAGAAGCAGAAAUUCAAGAGCUCAAAUUGCAUUAUGAAAAAAUAUUAGAAGAAAAUAGGGGGAUUAUUAAAUAACUAGAAUAAGAGCUUUUGAUUAAGAAGGAGGAGUUGAAUUAGGCAGUUUAAGAGUUGAUAAUGAAAGAAGAGGAAUAUCAAGAAUAAUUAUCUUAAGUUAAUGAAAAGCAGAAAGAAUCUGAAGAUAAUUGCUUUGAGUUGAGAAGUAAGGCUAUUCCAGAAAAAGAUUAAACAAUUGAUCAAUUGAAAGCAGAUGUAGAACAGAAAGAUUAUGAGUUGAAAAUUCAAAAUGAAGAUUUCAUGAAUCAAUAAAAUCUACUUUUCGAUAUAAUCAAGCAAAAAGAUAAUGAAAUAAUAAAAUUACAAGAGGAUCUUGAUGAUCAUAGUAAUAGAUUAGAAGAGGCAUCGAAGGUAAUAGAUAAGUAUUCUAAUUGUAAUUCUGAAUUGAAAGGAGCUAUAGAUUAAUUAAAUCAUCAAUUAGAAAAAUAGAAAUAAAUAAUUAAUGAUUUGUAAAUAAAAGAGAACACAUCAGCUUAAAUUCUUGAUGAAAAGGUUAAAUCUCUAAAUGAAAUAUUAUAAUCUAAAUAAAGCGAAGUUGAUAAUUUAUAAAUGAGAUUAGAGUCUGAGGACACUGUUAUUAAGUAAUAGAAUUAACAGAAUACUAAAUAAAUAUAAACUACUGAAAAAAAAAUAAAAGACUUAGAAUAGGAAAAUCAAAAUUAUUUAGAGGAGCUCGAUGAGAAGGAAUAGUGUAUUAGCCAAUUGGAAUAAAAAUUACAAACCUCAUAAAAAGAAAAGGAAAUUGCAACUAAUUAGUUGACAAAUUAAAUUAAGGAUUUGCAAUAGUAAUUACUAUCCAGUAAUCAAGGAGUUGAAGAACAAAAAAUAUGGGUUAUUCAUUAUAAGAAAGAAGUGGAUAAAUUAAAUAAGGAAGCAUCCUUAUCCUAAUAAAUUUCUUAAUAAUAUUAAAGUUAGAAGAACGAAAAUGAUCAAAUUAAAUUAGAGAAUCAAAAAUUAAAUAAAUUAUUGGAUAAUUAUUAAUAAUAAAUAUCAUUAAUUAAAAAAGAGAUAGAUUAAGCCAAAAUAGAGAAGACUAAAUUAAUAGACUAGAUUUCAUAAUAAGAAAAUAAAAUAUUAGAAUUAGAAGAAAUUAAACUAUAAAAGUAAAUUUUAUAAGGUAAAGUAAAUGAAUUGCAAAAAUGCUAAUCAGAAGCCCUGUAAAAAUAUCAGUAGUCAUAAGCUCAAUUGCAUACAUUUCAAGACGAUUUAUAACAUUCAAAAAAGGAAAUAUAGGAAAUUAAACAAAAGAAUAAGGUGUUAGCAUAGUAAUAAUAAAAUGAAAUGUCAAAAUUCAAUGAGGAAAUGCAUGCAAUUUAAGAAGAGUUAGAAUAAAGCAGAAAGAUUUAAAUGGAAAUAAAGAAAUCCGAAUAAGAGUAGAGAGAAUAGAAUUUGCAAUUAAAAUAGAAUUAUGAAAAAUUAGUAUUAGAAAAUUAAUAAUUAAAUAAUUAACUAGAUGAAAUGCAAUAAGAUAUUAAUUAGGAUAAGGAGGAAAUCCUAAAGAAGGAUGAAACUAUUUACAAAUUGUCAGAUUAAGUUAAAUAUAAAACUCAGUAAUUAGAGGCUCAAAAUUCAUUAAUUAAUUAAGUUGAAUAAAAUAAAUUAAAUCAAACUAACCAAAUACUCUUAUAAUCAAACUAAUUGACAAAUCUAUCAAAAGAACUUUUUUCAUUAAAACAACAAUUAUAAAUAAAUGACACCUAAAGUGAAUCUUAUAAGCGAGAAGUUGAAAGACUAAGAAGAGAAUUAGAAUUUUAAAUAAAGUAAGUUGAAGAUUACAAAUAAUAAGCUAAAAAGUAAUAGCAGCAAUUAGACUUCGAGAAAAAACAUAGCAUAAAAUAAAAAGUUUAUGAAGCAUCAGAAUUAUUAAGUAAAAUUGACAACACACUCUCUCCAAUAAAAGGAGUCAAAGGAUAAACUCUUUAUGGCAGUUCAGAUAGUAAAACUCAGAAAAGAAUUUUUCAGCAGAAAACACCUUAGAAAGAAUAUGGAUUUUAGAAUUCUAAUAGUGCUUCUAUGCUUAAUGCUUCAUUUAAUUCAUAAGAUUAAUUGGCCAAAGAAAACAGAAAGCUAAAAUAGAGUUUAGAAUAGAAAAUGAAAAAGAUUAUUGAAUAAUUAGAGCAAGCAUUAUUAUAAAGUGAGUAAACAUUAAAGGAAGUGCAUGAAAAGGCCAAUCAAUUUUGUUCACAAUAGGAAGAUGAAAUAAAACAAAUUAAGGAUCAAUAUUCAAGACUUGAAUAGGAACACAAUACUAUAUUGGCUGAAAGGGAGUAUGAGAAUUAAUAGGAUAAGCAAACCAAAAAGAAUAAGGGCUUUGUUCAAAAGUUUAAAUUUUAUAAGAUGAAGUAUUGA